AUGGACAACGCCACCACCGUCCUAGCUUCCCAAGCUCAAUCACUCACUGAAGCAGCCAAAGUCUUCCUCGACAAGACUCCAAAGCAAUGGCUGCCCUACGCUGUAGGCCUAUUAGUUGGCUACCCUCUUCUCACCAACGCCCUCCGAUAUCGACGCCUCCGCAAGCUGCAUAAGAAAUACCCCUACCCGACCCGCGAAUCACUCGCCCAGAUGACCGACGAUGAGGCCUACGCGAUCCAAAAGGAACUCGGUGAGCUCGAGUUCCCCAUGGUCUACCUCAAAUCGCUGCAAUUUGCGCUCUUCAGGGUACCGAACCACCUCAACCCCUCUCUUUCUUCCCCCUCCCCUUCGGCCCGCAACAGAAUAAAAGCUAACAACACCCCCUCACGCAAGACCUAUGGCAUCCCCAGCAUCUCCCACGUCCUUACGAAGACCAGCCAGUUCUCCAACCCGGAGACCUCGCUGAAACGCUACACCGACACCAGCGCGCUGAUCCAAGAAAUGAUGGCCCAUAACCCGACCUCCCACCGCGCCUUUGUCUCGCUCGCGCGCACCCGCUUCCUGCACAGCGGGUACCGGUCCUCGGGCCGGAUCCUCGAGUCCGACAUGCUGUACACGCUGGCGCUGUUCGCGCUGCAGCCGGUCCGGUUCGUGAGUAAGUACGAAUGGCGUGAGCUGAGUGACCUGGAGCGCUGCGCCAUCGGCACGUUCUGGAAGUCGAUUGGCGAUGCGUUGGGGAUCAGCUUUGAGGAGUUACCGUCCGGGAAGACGGGGUUCAAGGACGGGAUCCAGUGGCUGGAGGAAGUCGAUGCCUGGAGCGAGGUGUAUGAGCAGAAGUACAUGGUUCCGGACCAGAAGAAUCGGGAGACGGCAGAUCAGACGACCGAUGUGCUGCUUUACAUGCUGCCGAAGGCGCUGCAUCCGCUCGGGUUGCAGUUUGUGUCGUUUAUGAUGGACGACCGGCUGCGGAAGGCUAUGCUGUAUGAGCCGCCGUCGCCUUUUGCGGCGGCUGUAUUCGAUGGGCUGUUUAAAGUGCGAAAGUUCGUCCUUCGCUACCUGAUGCUUCCCAGGCCGUAUUUCUUGCGGCUGAUUUCGAUCACUCCGGAACCGGAUGCAAACGAUCGCUAUUUCUUGACUUCUUGGGAGGCUGCACCGUACUAUGUCAAGCCUACUUUCUGGAAUCGAUGGGGCCCUACUGCCUGGUUUACCUGGAUGAUGGGCCGGCCAGUUCCUGGUGAUGAAGGCGACAAGUAUCGCCCAGAGGGUUAUCAUAUUGCCAAUAUCGGCCCCAGGUACUUUGAAGGCAAAGGACAGAAGGAGGUAGAGAAGCUGAUGGAAGAGAUGAAGGUGUAUCGGACUGGAAAAUGUCCGUUCCACUAG